CAACAGUCGAUGUUUUUCGACAGCUUCGACCAACUGAUGAACAAUUUUCCGGAAUUCGAUCAAUGCCAUGUUCCCUACAUGAAUAACCCCAUUACCCAUUUUGAUUUCAAUGAUUUCGAAGCUAUCAACGGUGACAUCAGCUCGUGGGACCUUAGCCUACCAUCGUUUUACGAAGAUAUUGGCAUUGAUACUAAUAAGCUGCUAAACCCGAUGGCCGAAAAUUUUGGUCAUUUUCAGGGCAUUGCUAGCGGAUCAAGUGCGAUCAAAAGUGAAGUCCCAGUCGCAAUUCAGGGGAAUUGUAAGAGCUCUUCAAGCGUGAACGAGGGGGAAAGAAUCAGGCAAACUAGUGGUGGAAUGAGAGCAAAGUCUGCGGCCUUAGAACUUGAUGAGAUCAAAAAGUACUUUGAUGUUCCGAUAACUAAAGCGGCCAAGGAGUUGAAAGUUGGAUUGACUGUGCUCAAGAAGAGAUGCAGAGAGCUAAACAUCAUGAGGUGGCCGCACCGCAAGAUUAAGAGCUUAAAAUCACUCAUUCACAAUGUCAAGGAGUUGGGAUUGACAACAGAAAUAGGGGUGUUAGAAGAGCACAAGAGGAUGCUAGAGAAGCUCCCGGAACUCGAAUUGACUGAAAGAACCAAGAAGCUGAGACAGGCCUGUUUCAAGGCCAAUUACAAGAGAAGGAGGUCUCUUGCUACUGCUCUUUCUAAUGUCUAACGGUGGGACAUCCCGUUGCAGUAGUUAUCUUUUUUAGAGUUUUACCACAGAGCAAAUGCCCACAACUUCAUCCAGUAGAGGUAGCUAGAGCUAGAGGAAUAGGGAGAUAGAGAGGGGUCUUGUUUUGGUGGUUUGUCUUUUUUGUAAUUACCACAGAGCAAUAUCCGCGGGUUUAUGCAUUAUUCUCUAGGAUUUGUAGGAGUGUCUUUCCUUGUGCAUAUGCAGCGUGGGAAAGUUUACAGAGUUAGAGAACCGUUUCAAAAUUCG